AUGACGUCAGUAGCAUCGGAUCGACCCGCGAGCUCGUUGAGUGAGAGCUGGGCCACGCUCAGUAACUCAGACGCGCAUUCCGAGGAUGACUGGCGCUCAGAACAUACAGACAACAUCUCCUUGGUUGGACACAGCGUCGCCGACGAUGUUGCCAGCCUCGACGACCAGGAUCUAGAUAGUGAGGUUGACACUGAUGAUACUGAGAGUCAUGCGUCUGAGUCCCGAGGUUUCCUACCGCCGAUCUAUCGCGAAACCGCGAAUGAUACCGAGAAUGGGCACAUUAUGCAAGCUAGCUUCAUGUCCACAUCCGAGUCAAUUUUAUUUGACGAACCGGACGACUGGCCGUCGACAGAGCCUGUGGAGCUGAAACACACUCUUCAAGUUCUCGACGAGGCCGAAGCAUCCCGCAUCGGAUUUCCACGAUGUAUCCCGGACCACAAUCUGAGUGUCACUGUUCGGCAAUCCAUUUCCAAGCAAGCCAUUGAUGUGGACCGGCCAUUCCGUGUUCUGUACAUUGGUGAUCCGGGAUUCAAGCAUAGUGUUCUGGAGAAGAUUGGAGAUACUUUGGUUGCAAGCCCCAAAAACAGCUUGUAUGCCAGUUCGACGAAUUCGUCCCGAUUUCACGUUGUUCCAGCUUCGUUUGGUCCAGAUUCAACGCCCAAUUAUGCAGAGCUACUCCCGAUCCAUGUCCAGUUGGUAGUGGAGGAAUGCGUCUCUGCUACUACUUCACUCGGCCCAGAAAACCCAGAUGGAAUUUCUCUUUCUCUUAAGGGCCGUGAGACUGUCACAUCGACUAGAGCGGGAUCCGGAUUCCAAUUGAUGUCAGCUUCUAGCUGGGUUGCACCAGAUAUUACUAUCUUCGUGAUGGGAGACAAUGACGACUUCGCAACCUUAGUUACCCGCAAUUGCGCUCUUGCAUUCACAAGGAGGCACAACAUACCCUCUAUGAUAAUAUCACAAUCCCCACUUUGGAGGAGACCCAAUGACAGUGUCCCUUUAGACACUCGUACCUUGCAUCUUUGCCUGGAAAUCACUGACCCAACCACAGGUGAUUCACAGGUUUUGGGAAGGUACCCCAUUGACCUGGAGACUUUUGAGAACAUUGCACCCUCACAGCUGAACCGCAAUUUAGCUUCUCUUAAUGGAACCCAUGGGAAAGCAAGCAAAUCUUCAAAAAUGUCUGAUGUCAGAAGCAUGAGGCUAGCUUGCGAAAUUCCUUUAAGAUGA